AUGUGUGUGAGAAAGAGAAUAGAUGGCACAUUCUCUUCAUAUAACAACAAAAUUCAUCCUGCUAAAAUAGUAGCCCAAAGCAAUAAGAAAAAAUGGCUGAAGUCAUUAGAAGUUGAUACAAAUGGAAUUGUUAUUGGCCAAGGAUUUGAAAAUAGCGGCAAUCAUGAUAUCAAGUAUCCCACCAACAACAUUACUGACCCUCAUACUUUUGGCGACAAAAAUACUAACAAUAACAAUACUAAAAAAACUAAUACGAACAUUAACGAUAUUGACACUAAUAUUAUUGACAAUAACAACAUUUUAAAAAAUAUAACAGACCAUAACAACAGUAACGAUACUGACACUGACAAUAAUAAUACUGGUACGAAAGAUAUUGACGAUAACAACAUUUUAACAGAUAUAACAGACCAUAUCAACAGUGACGAUACUACUGCUGACAAUAAUAAUACUGAUACGCAAAACAUUGACGAUAUCAACCUUUUAAAAAAUAUCACAGACCAUAUCAACAGUGACGAUACUGAUACUAACGAUAACAAUACUAAAAUUGAAAUUACUAAUGACGAAAAGACUGGCAGUAUCAGUAUUAUAAAUAAUACUACUAACACGAUCAACACAAAUUAUAAAAACGCAAACAAUAAUGACAUUAAUGAAAAGAAAAAUGACGGCAAUUCGACUGACAUGACAUUAAAUACAAAUAAUAAUAAAAUUAAGAUUAUUAAAAGUAGUGGAGUAUUCGUUUCACUAGAAUAA